AUGGGAGCUGUUACCCUCACCACGGACAUAUGGACAUCCAGGCGUACUCAGGCUUUCAUUACCGUCACGGCCCAUUUUAUGAGUCCUGCCUGGGAGCUGAUGAGCUGUGUGCUGGAGACACCUAGGAUUGCUGAGGCACACACCGCAGCGAACAUAGCAGUGAUUCUGGCAGAAGUCAUGGAGAACUGGCGCAUUCGUGACAAGGUGGUGGCCAUCGUGACUGACAACGCCAGCAACAUGGUUGCUGCUAUUGAGCAGCUGAAAAUUCGGCACAUGCCCUGCUUUGCCCAUACCCUCAACCUUGUGGUGACUGACACCCUUGCAGCUGUGACCGGGUUUCAAGCGACCAGGAAGAAGGUGAAAGACAUUGUGUCUUUCUUCCAUCACAGCGUCAAGGGGUCAGAUGUCUUGGCCAAGGUUUUAGAGCAAGCCGGUUCUCAGCCAUUAAAGCUCAUAAAUGAGGUUGAGACCCGGUGGAACUCAUGUCAUGACAUGCUAAAACGGUAUAAUGACCUUCAUCCCCAGGUAACCACAGCCCUCUGUCUUGUCGGCCGGGAAACCAUGCUUAUUACUCAGUCAGAGGUUGAGGUCAUCCAAGCCGUGAUCGCCGCCCUGGGGCCUUUUGAGGAGGUCACCAGAGAAAUGUCAUCGGAGAAAAUGACAACGGUAUCAAAGGUGAUUCCUCUGAUCAGGGUCUUGCAGGACAUCUUAAAGGACCUGACAAAUCGACCAUGCAUUGGGGGCAGCGUGGCAAAAGAACUACUGCAGCAGCUCAACAGACGAUUUGCGUCACCAGAGACCAAGUACCUGUGGGCAGCCAGUACAUACCUCGACCCCCGUUUCAAGAAACACGCCUUCUCAGACGGCUCUGCACUGCAAGCUAUGCAGGAUCGCCUGAAAGGACAGCUGCGUCCAGUGGAGGAAGAGGAAACCUCAACUGCAGAGGUAGAACCUACUCCAGUCGCUGCUGACAACUCAUCAAUCUGGACGAGGUUCGACAGCAAGAUUUCCAGUUUUUUACAGACCACGUCGACGCCUGGUGUUCGGCCAAAUCUGGAGAUGCGUCGGUACGCGGAGGAGAACCCCAUCAGCAGGAAGCAAGACCCCCUGGAAUGGUGGAGGAAGCAUUCCUCACUGAUGCCACAGCUUCAAGAGAUAGCUAAAAAAUUUCUUUGCUGCCCCGCAACAAGUGUACCGUCGGAGAGAGUGUUCUCUGCGACAGGGGAACUCGUGUCACACAGGCGAUCGAACCUCACCGAGGAAAAUGUGAACAUGAUAAUUUUUCUGAACAAAAACACAUUUUUGUAA